AUGAAUUCUAUGAAUGACGAUCAAACUUCAUCAUGUUCAUCUGAUGAUAUUGAUAUUUGUAAUACAAGUCCGAAUUCGUCACAAAAAGUAUCCGAAAUAAGAACAACAAGUACACCAUAUCCAACGUAUAAACCACGUGUUAAUUUUCAUUCAAUUGAAUCAUUAGCUAUCUCAUCCUUAAAUACAUCUUCUUUGACUCCUAGUUCUUCUCCUUUUUCUUUCCAAAGACAUGACGAUACUGGCUAUAAUUCAUUAAAUUCGUCUACAGUAGCACAUGAUAAAGAUAAUAAAGAAAAUAUUUAUUGUUCAACAGUUAGUGAACGAAAACCGCGACGUAAAUUAGCUGAUUGGCAAAUAUGGCAUUUACGUCAAACAUAUUCAAAAAAUCGAUAUCCAUCACCUUAUGAACAAGAACAACUUGCUGUACAACUCCUUUUACCAUUGUCAUCAAUUCGUAUUUGGUUUCAAAAUCAUCGUGCACGAUCUGGAAAAAAAUGA